CGCUCCUUGAACGUCAAAUAACAUGUGCAAUAUCUAUUUUCGACUGUAGCUAACACGCUUUAAUAUCGCAUAGGGGCUUGUUUGGUUUCGUCGGCCACUGCGCUCGGGGUGGAAUCUCCAAUGUGCUAGCCGCUAUUUUGUCACAUGCUCUCCAUCUCAUGCACUCCGAGAUCAUCGUUGGUGAUGUACUCAUUGGUCAUGGGUACGUUGGCAUGCGAAGUUAACUGAGAACAUAUGUCUCUACUGGACGGAGACAUAUGCAAACGCAUGUCAGCAAGCAGCAUCUCAUACGAACUUAAGUAUGUCACCCUCUCGAAUCGAAGGAUCCUGACCGACUUAGGGAUCGUGCGACUGACCUUAUCGUUUGACAUUGACUCUUCCGGUUCUUCGUCCCGAUGCUGCUUGGAUCUUCCCCAUGGGUCGAAGGAUUGUUCUUCUCUCGAGAUAUGCUCAUGUAGCUUCGGAUAACAUACCACAUGCACUUACCUUUGUCUCGACGACGUCAGAUGUUUGGUAUCACAGUAUGCUUCAGCUCUUCUUGCCGGUGGUCGUGUGUCUCUCCUAAACUGGUUUCAUAUGCUUCCGAUACAAGAAGGCCCCUUGUAAUGAAUCGUCUGAAGAAGAAGGGGGUGCCAUAUGUUUCUCAGUUACUAUCGCAUGGGUCCAUGCCUUGCUCUCCCAAUACGAGAAACUGAGAUGCUUCAGGAGAAGAACCACCAUGUAAUCCCAUAAAAUGGCCUCGGAUACAUUCGCUCUAGUUGUCUUCACCCCUUACACCGCUGUGCAACAUGAUCUCCUACCACUCGUCCUUAGUAUCUAUUGCGAGUCUUGUUCUCGCGUACGGAGCGACGCGAGCCCUUGGUUUCGAUAAUUCACGAUCAGACAACCUCGCUGUUUACUGGGGACAGAACUCCUAUGGAGCAACCCACAGCGAUACAGCGAACUUUCAGAAGUCCCUGGCUACGUAUUGUCAGGACGACUCUAUCGACGCAUUCCCAGUCGCGUUCCUGAAUGUGUUUUUUGGUGCUGGCGGGCUUCCUUCCAUUGACCUGUCUAAUAUAUGCAACGUAAAUGAUGACCCCGUGUUCUCCGGCUCGCAACUACCCAAUUGCGGAUUCCUUGCGUCCGAUAUUCAGACUUGCCAAUCCAAGGGCAAGAUUGUAACCCUUAGUCUUGGUGGCGCUACUGGCGCCGCUGGAUUUACUUCGGAUUCACAAGCUUCGCAGUUCGCUGACACCCUCUGGAACUUAUUCCUUGGAGGAUCAAGCUCCACGAGACCUUUUGGUAGUGCUGUGCUCGAUGGCAUCGAUUUGGAUAUCGAGGGUGGUUCCACUGCUCACUUUGAUGUUUUCGUCAACCGUCUCAGGACACUCAUGAACGGUGGCAGCAAGAAAUACUACAUCACCGCAGCACCACAAUGCCCAUUUCCGGAUGCUUGGCUGGGCAGCGUUAUCAAUGCUGUUGGCUUCGACGCCAUCUAUGUUCAAUUCUAUAACAACUUUUGUGGUCUCACUAACUUUAACAACCCUAACGCCUGGAAUUUCAACCAGUGGGAUACCUGGGCAAAGACUGUUUCCCCUAACAAGAAUGUGAAGAUCUAUAUCGGUGCCCCUGCGGCACCACUUGCCGCAGGAAGUGGAUACGUAGAUGUCGGUACCUUUACCACUAUCAUUCAACAAACUCGUGCCCAAUUCUCCUCGUUCGGAGGCGUCAUGAUGUGGGAUGCCAGUCAAGCAUUUGCCAAUAAUCGGUAUGAUGCGGCAAUCAAGAACGUCUUGCGAUCUGGUACAUCCGCCCCUCCUCCCAGUAACCCGCCUAGCAAUCCACCCACUACUACCACAACCCAACCGACUACCACAAGCAAGCCCACCACCACCACGACGCAGCCGUCCACAACUACGCCGACCACAACUGCUGCCCCACCAACCUCUGGUCCAGGAAACUGUGCUGGAGUCAAUGCUUGGGUCAAUAACGUUGCUUAUAAUGGCGGCGAUAAAGUCGUUUUUGCAGGUCACCUCUGGACCGCUAAAUGGUGGAGUUACGCUGAUGCUCCUGGAGGUCCUGCCGAGGAUUGGCAGGAUAAUGGUCCUUGUGUGGCUGCCAAGGCUGGCCAGAUCAUCAAACCAAAGUACGAAAGCAAGUCCGUGCCAUUGGAGGUGCCUGUUAAGACACCUGCUCCAUUGGGUCGCCAGGGCUCGAGUGCAUAGAUUUGAGCCCAGUUCCGUUCGUGAGGAUGCUGCUAACCGGCAGCAUAUACGAUCGAUGAUCCCUUUGUGUAUUUUCAUCUGUAUUACUAGCCUUUGUUAUGUCUGAUGACAAGUCAUCGUUGACGAUUCUACAUCAAACCUUCAU